CAGCAGUCCAGUUAGUUCCUCUCCUCACUCUGAUCCGCUGCCCUGAGAAACAAAGAGCAGAAACCAACUGUCAUGAAAGAGAAAGUGCUGCUGACUCAGGAUGGCUGCCACCAAGACCCUCCGGCAGGAAAGCGGGUCAUUCAGUGCUUCAGAUGUGGGGAGCAAUGCAAAGGAGAGGUGCUGCGAGUCCAGAACAAUCACUUCCACAUAAAGUGCUUUACCUGCAAAGUGUGUGGCUGUGACUUGGGUCAGAGCGGCUUCUUCAUGAAGAAUGGCGACUACCUCUGUCCGCUGGACUUCCAGAGGCUUCACGGCACCCUCUGCAACAACUGCGGGGAAUUUGUGGAGGGAGAAGUGGUCACAGUCUUGGGGAAGACCUAUCACCCAGCAUGCUUUGCCUGCACCAUUUGCAAGCAGCCCUUUCCUGCUGGGGAUUGUGUCACCUUCAAUGGAAAAGACUGCCUGUGUCAGCGAUGUAUUCGGCCUGUGACUCCCACUCCUAACGACAUCAACCAUUCCAGUAACUGCAGUGGCUGUGGGAGAGACAUCAAGAAUGGCCAGGCUCUGUUAGCCCUCGGUGGCCAGUGGCACCUGGGCUGCUUCAAGUGCAAAGCCUGCAGGAAAGUGCUGAGCGGAGAAUACAUCAGCAAAGAUGGUGUUCCUUAUUGUGAGAGAGACUACCAGAUUCAGUUUGGGGUGCAGUGUGAAGCAUGUCAGAGGUUUAUAACAGGGAAAGUCCUUGAGGCAGGGGACAAACAUUAUCACCCGAGUUGUGCAAGAUGCAGCCGAUGUGACAAAAUGUUCAAAGAAGGAGAAGAAAUGUAUCUGCAAGGAUCGACAGUCUGGCACCCGGACUGCAGGGACAGCAGCAGAACUGAGGACAGUUACAGGGUCGGCAGACCAAAAACACCUCUUGAUUUCUUUUUCCCCCCACAUGAACUUAAGCCCACUAGAUCCUCGUCUGAAAGCUCCUGUUCCAGGCCGGGCUCAUGCACUCCAGGAAGUCCUGGUCGAACUAUCUGUGCAAAAGUAGAUAAUGAGAUCAUUGAUUACCGAGACUUAGCAGCAAUUCCCAGAGUCAAGGCUAUAUAUGAUAUAGAGCAUCCUGAUAUGAUAUCCUAUAAGUCUGUGAACGACAACUCCUCUGCUUUGGACAACAAAGGCAACAGACAGGACAGGCAAAAUCCCACAGAGUCAACAGGAAAUGAAUCUGAAACCACAGAGGAGAGUUUCGAAAUGAGAAAAUGCAUACCAAAAUCUGCAAGCCAUGGACCUUUUGGAGUUCCUGCUCUAUACAAUCGCCACAGCUACACCCCGACCCUGUCCAGAUCACCGCAACACUUUCAUAGGCCAGGGGUGAUGCUUUCUCCCUCUUUAUUCUCUGGCAACAAUGACACCUGCUCCGCUUCCCCUUUAUGCCACCACUUUCUCCCUCAAGAUGUAGGGUUCCACAUGUACAGACGGCCUCCAAUCUAUAAACAGCAAGAUCCAAAUUCCUCUACAUCCCAAACAUCCUCUUUGCCUGGAUACGGACGUAAUGGCCUCCAUCCGCCACAAUCAGCUGAUUUCUCCCACUACAACAGUGACAGAUUCAGAGAUUUUAAGCUCAUCCAUGACGGUCAACAUCCAUUAGCAAGACUGGAGAGAGGAGUGUCUAUGCCUAAUUUGUUGGAGCCAAAAGUCUACCCCUAUGAAAUUCUCACAGUUACUAAUCGAGGACGAGUGAAGCUUCCAAAGGAUGUUGACAGAACAAGACUUGAGUGCCACCUUUCCCCAGAUUCAUUCUUUGAGAUCUUCGGCAUGCAGAUCCAACAGUUUGACAGACUUCCACUGUGGAAACGUAAUGACAUGAAGAAGAAGGCAAAUCUCUUCUAAAUGCUGAUGUUGUAAUUCAUCGUUAAUAUGCAGUACAUGUCAAGUUCUGAUAAAACGUUUAUGUUUAUAUCUUUGCAUUUGGCACAAAAGUUAGAAAUCUUUUGCCUAAAAACAGCACAAGUCACAACUUUACAGAGCCACAACACUGUGUUUCCCAGUUAGUCUCUGUAGGUCACUGAAAUGAAUAAUGGUUAAAGCAGAUAUGAACAUGAGAACUCAAUAGUAUUGGCUUCAGUAAUAGCCAUUAUUCGUCUUUCUUAUGUCAGCCCUGUCUCCCCAGGAAUUACGUUCAUAUUGGACGAUUCAGCUGAAUAUAUAAUUUAUGCCCAUUAAUCAUAAAUGGAGCAGGUAGUGUGAUGUUUAUGUAGCUUAGCAGAAAGUAUGGAGAAAUGGCAAUAAGCAAUGUGUUCUUCUUUGAGGCUUUAAAUCCUGUUUCAGACUGACAAUCUUUCAGUAACCUAACCUAAACUCAUUGAUCUUAGUUGCCUAACUAAAAAGUGCAGUCUGUGUGUUCUCACUGUACUGAUGAGGGCGCCAGAUCACUAAAAUGCUCACAGACUGUAUUGCUUAGGAAUAAUUGUGCAAAAAAAGUUAAAUGACAAAGUUUUUGAGUACAACUAAUGUUGUAAUUAUUCCUAAAAUAUCUGUAAACGACAACUACAAGAUGGUGGGCAAGAUGCUGCUAAGGCUUGGCCCCCGAAACAUUUACAACACAAACACACUGUAACUGAAACACUUUUCAUUGGUGCACUUUUCUGUUUGCCUUCUGAAAAAUAGAGAAUUACUGACUUUAGACUUUAGAGUCUGAGAGUGUUUAAGGUGCUUAUGGUGUUUAAAGUCAGUCCCACUCAUGUCUACAAUGUUUUUAAGCUGGUUAAAGAUAGUCUAAAGCCUUUGUCGGUCAUUAGUGCUGUAUGAAUAACGCUUCCCGUGAUACCUGAUCUAUAGUGCAGUGAUUGGGUACAUGAGAUGGACAGCAUGUCAUCAACAUGUAAUUCUGACAAGAGAAAGUUAAUUAUUCCCACAAGAAGUGGAUGCAUUUUACCCAUGUUCUCAUUGUUACUGGUAUGUGAUGUUAUAUUUUUCUUAUAUUUUGUCGUUUCCUGGCUACACAAACAAUAGAGAAAAUAUGUGAGAAUUGUAUUUCUGUCAAUAGAUUAUCACUGAAAUGUGCUUUGUUGGAUUGUUAAAUUAAUAAUUAAGGUGAUGUAAUGCUUCUUUUUGUUGUAUGUUUCACCCUGACUUGGCUGUGGUAAAACUAUAUAUGCUGCUGUUUGAGCACACCACCUUAAGCGCCCUAAAUAAAAUC